AUGUCGAGAUUUGUUCUUACGAUAAAAGCAAUCAAAUAUCUUUAUAAAUACAUUUAUAAAGGACAUGAUCGUGUUGCUUUCAACUUGAUUUCUGAACAAAACAAUCAACAAGUUGAUGAAAUCCAACAAUUCCAAUCGGCCCGAUGGAUUGCUCCCCCCGAAGCUAUGUGGAGGAUAUAUGGCUUUAUUAUUAAUGAGAUGUACCCAGCAGUAUAUAGUUUACAUUUACAUCUGGAGGAUCAACACCCAGUGACUUUCCGAGCAAAUGAUGAUCUAAUCAAUGUUGUCAACUUAGAUCGUUCUAGAAAAUCGAUGUUAACAGAAUUUUUUGCAUUAAAUCGAGUAGACGAGAAUGCAAAGAGAUUACUGUAUAAAGAAUUUCCAGAAUAUUAUGGUUGGAGUCAACAAAACAAAGAUUGGACUCCUCGGAAAAAGAAAACUGUUAUAGGUCGUAUUGUUACAGCAAAUCCAUUUGAAGGUGAAAGGUAUUAUCUGCGGAUAUUGCUAAAUCAUGUAAGAGGACCUUUGUCGUUUGAUGAUCUCAGGACAGUUGAUGGUGUUGUGGCCCCAACUUUUCGCGAGGCAGCAACAAUGCAUGGGUUGCUACAGAGAGACAGUAGCUUAGAAGAUUGUUUACAAGAAGCAUCUUUAUAUCAAGUGCCAUCCAGUUUGAGACGAUUAUUUGCAACAAUAUUGGUUUAUUGUAAUCCAACCAAUCCGAGGGAGCUUUGGGAACGUUUUGAGCAAGAUAUGUCAGCUGAUUUCAAAUCAACAGAAGAUUCUAUAUCAAAUGUAAGAACCCAAGUAUUGAGGUCAAUCUCUUUUACAAUUGAAUCAAUGGGGAAAGACAUUAAUUCCUACCAUCUUCUUGAUGACGACAUUUGCUUCGAUGAAGAAGAAUUUCAAUCAAGAGAAAUCGAUGAUGAAUUGGCUGUUGAAAUUCUAGAAGAAGAUAUUGCGGCAUCACAAUCUCUUAAUAGUGAACAACAACAUGUCUAUAACGCAGUAUUGGAAAAAGUAUUUGCAAACCAAAAUGCUGUAUUCUUUGUAGAUGGCCUAGGUGGGACAGGGAAAACAUUCCUGUACAGAGCACUUCUCGCAACAGUACGAUCAAGAAAAUUAGUAGCACUUGCAACUGCUUCAUCAGGCGUUGCUGCAUCUAUUCUUCCAGGAGGGCGAACAGCACACUCACGUUUUAAGCUUCCACUUGAUACUGACGAAAGAAACACAUGCUGUGUCAGCAAACAAAGUGCAUUGGCAAACCUACUACGUGCAGCAAAAUUAAUAAUUUGGGAUGAGACUCCAAUGACGAGAAAACAACACAUAGAAGCAUUGGAUAAAAUGCUACGAGACAUCAAUGGUUCAGAUGUAACAUUCAGUGCGAAGGUUGUUGUUUUCGGUGGAGAUUUUCAACAGGUUUUACCCGUGGUUCGUAAAGGAACAAGACAAGAACAGGUUAAUUCCAGUUUGGUUAAUUCCUAUUUGUGGCUUACAUUGACCAAGUUCCGAUUAACUGAAAAUAUGCGAGCAAGACUUGAUCCAGUUUUUUCAGAUUAUGUGUUAGAAGUUGGAAACGGAAUGCCACCAAACACAGUUGAUGAAACCAUAAAGAUUCCGAAUAGGAUGCUUAUUCCCUAUUAUGAUGACAUCACUUCUUUAGAUCAUUUGAUAGAAGAUGUUUUCCACAAUAUUCAUGAAUAUUCAAUAAAUAUUUCAACUAUGAUGAAUCGGGCAAUAUUAACACUGAAGAACAAUUAG